AUGGAUUGGAAGUUUCUCCAGGGUCUUCUUAGUGGAGUCAACAAGUACUCCACAGCCUUUGGACGCAUCUGGUUGUCAGUGGUCUUCGUCUUCCGGGUGAUGGUCUUCGUGGUGGCGGCCGAGCGUGUCUGGAGUGACGACCAGGGACACUUUGACUGCAACACCCGCCAGCCGGGUUGCACCAACAUCUGCUAUGAUUACUUCUUCCCCAUCUCUCACAUCCGCCUGUGGGCCCUCCAGCUCGUCUUUGUUACCUGCCCCUCGUUCAUGGUGGUGCUACACGUGGCCUACCGAGAUGAGCGUGAGCGCAAGUACCAGGCCAAGCACGGGGAGAACACCCGGCUGUACGACAACACGGGCCAAAAGCACGGCGGCCUCUGGUGGACGUAUCUGAUGAGCCUGUUUAUCAAAACCACCUUUGAGGUCACGUUUCUGUACUUGCUCCACUACAUCUACGACAGCUUCAAGCUGCCCAGGAAGGUCCAGUGUGAUGUCAGUCCCUGUCCCAAUUUGGUUGACUGCUACAUCUCCCGACCCACGGAGAAAACCGUUUUCACCUACUUCAUGGUGGGGGCGUCUGUUGUGUGUGUGGUGCUUAACAUCUGUGAGAUCUUCUAUCUGAUUGCGUUCCGGAUGGUGACUCUCAAACAGCGAGGCAGCGUCCACACUUCAUCAAGAAGGAUCCACUCAGGCACGGACUGCAAGUCCUCUCUUACAUCCUAGCUGGAGAGCCAGUGUGGAAAAUCUAAAUGUCUUAAUGUGCCUCUGUUUGAUUAAAUAUUUGAAUGAUCUUUUCUCCAUUAAAGGAUAGGUUUGCUUUUGUUCACGUCUGACUCAUUACAAUAAUCACAGUUUUAUGUUCACAUUAAAGUAGCUGUUGUCCCUGCUGUCCAUAUUAUUCA